UCUAUAGAGUCUCAAAUGCUACUUCUAUAGCCUCUCUCCGUUAAAACAAUUUAAAGUUCUAUUUUUUAAUUCAUUCCAAAUACUGGAAUUGAUUUCAAGUAUUUGAAAUCAUUCCAAAUCCAAGGGUUCCUAACUUCAAUCCAGCUGAGCCCAUGGCGGAUGCUUCCGUCGCUGUUCUUGAAACUUUACGACUUAGAGGAUGGAAUUUUGGCGAUUUAGACGAAGUUAGGGCCGUAAUCAUGAUCGGUAGCGCCUUGGCCGAUGAUCCAAGUUCGGUCGUUGAUUCGGUGGAGUCGGAGCUCAUAAACAUGGACCUGAGGUCCAUUGGAGGCAAGUCCUUGCCUGAACCUGCUCUCCUUCGCAAGUCUUCUCGUAUUCUCGGCCCUAUAGUUCUCCAGAUAUCAUCUGUAAAAGACAUAUCGCGAAGCAGCCUAGACGGUAUCUUGAAGGCUUCUAAUGGUCGGCGUCUCCUACGGUUCGGUCUCACUGAUGGACACACUGAGAUUACUGCUAUAGAGUACUCUCAUAUACCAUCUAUUCCCGAUGACAUUCCUCCUGGCACUAAGGUUCGUUUGGAAAAUAAAGCUCCUGUGUAUAGUGGAAUAGCGUGCUUAGGUUCAAAAGGGUUAUCAGUGCUUGGAGGUGUAGUUCCAACACUUUAUGAAGAAUGGAAAAUGAACCAAAAAUACUCUGGUUUAUCCCGCACAUCCAUAAGAUUAUCACAGGGAGGAGAUGUUGAUGGUCCACCGCCAUUUGAGAAGUUGCAAGUUGGAGUGCCUUCACAAAAAUUUAGUCAGAAAGGAAAAUCUUCAUAUCAACCAGAGUCGUCCUCAAAGAGCAAUAGGCCUACUGCUGAUUCGGGAAAUAUUGAAGGUAAGUCGACUAUACAGCAACAAAGUGCAGACAUGAAAGCUACCAAUGCUGUCAAGUCUGCUUCCCAUGUAGAAAAAGUCGAAGAAAAACCUAGCUGCUCUGAAACAAGACCGAAGGAAGUUGUGGAAGCUGUUCCUGUUCAAAAUCAGGCUGCCUCUCAGAAACUUCUUCACAAAAUGAGUCAACAAGAUGGAAAGCGUCGCCCUUUCAGUAAUAGAAACCAUAGGGGCAAAGGCAGAAUGGAAGAUCAGGUGGUCUAUACUCUUGAAGAAUACGAAAGGAGGAAAUCUGGGACAAGUCAAUUACCCAAAGAGACAUCUUCCUGUACGAAUCCUGACGAAGAACUUGCACGACAGCUUCAAGAUCAAUUUGAUUUGGAAGACUCUCAUGUACAAGAGAGUGCAAGCAGAACGAACGCGGAACAUAUAAGAAUGAGCAUGUUCAACUACGAAAGGGAUACAUAUACACCACACAGUGGUGGUGGGAGAGGAAGGGGAGGAGGACGAGGGAGAAGAGGAAGAGGACGGGGAAGAGGAAGGCAUUAUUGAAUGGUUACAUGUUCCUCUUGCAUUCAAAUGUUUUAUCUACAAUUUUGAUUUUUUCGUGUUUUAUGAUCAGUUCUAUCUAGGUCUGGCUUGAACUUGUUUCGAGUAUUUUGUUACCAAGUUUUGGCUUAGGUUCAGUUGAUUGGUGUAUAGGCAUACUUUUAGUUGAAUUACACUACUUGGAUUAUUACUUAGCACUGAUAGUUCAAUUGGUGAAGCUCAAAUGAACAUCAUUUUGGAUAUGGACUUCCCAAAAAAAAAAAAAAAAAAAAAAAAAAAAAAAAAAAAAAACCAAAAACAAAAAGAAGAGUUUCAUGGUUGUACUUCUUUAAUAAAUUACUUGUUUCUCCCCUUAACCAUGGUUUUAUAGACAACAACUUUUGUUUUUGUA